AUGGACCUAGACGUCGAUUCCGUCGGAACGAAGGGCAGAACUGCCAGUGGGACGAGCGGUGGUGGCAGCACACAUCCGCCGCUGUUCGACUCACCAUCCAAGUAUGGCAUCCACCACACAAUCGCGACGUUCACCCCCACGGAGCAGCGCUUUCGAUGGCAGGGAGGUGCAGGGGCUACCGACGCGCUCUACAACAUCCCCACAAGUAUCGGCGCGGGUCCGAAGAAAAGCUUCGGCAACAGUACGCGAGACGACUGGGAUAUGGCCCGAAAGCGUGCUGACCCCGGAGCUGGCCCGGGCUCAUACGAGCCAGCCAUGUCCUGUGGCACGCAGGCGAGCUCCGAGCGCCGAUCUGCAGGCUCCACCGCGUUCGAGAAUGCCCCGCGGACUCCAGUACAAGAGAACACGACGCCGUCUCCCGGUCCGAUCUACGACCUGCCGCCGGUCAUGGGGCGAGGCUCUACGGCACCCAAGCAAGGCACGUCGCUACGUCCGCCUCUCAACGGCAAGAGCAUCGGCCCCGUACCCAAUUUGAUGCUCAAGGGCUCCUUCCGCGAAUGCCGGACGCUGGUUUCUCCGACUUUCGGCACCGAAGUGCGGCUCAAGCCUCUUGGCUCGCAGCAAACACCCGGCCCCAUAUAUGACUUGCGCCCCACGGGAUACCUCACUGGUCCUCGCUCCUCAUUCAGCCACGCCAAGCGCUUCUAA